GAAACAAUGUCUGGAACAGGAGGAAAGCGUUCCUCUGGAGGGGAUAGCCCUCCAGGGCCACCUGAAAAGAAAAUGAAAAAAGAGGAGAAGACUACGACCACUCUUAUUGAGCCCAUUCGUAUUGGAGGAGUUUCUUCCACGGAGGAAAUGGACAUGAAGGUCAUUCAGUUCAAAAACAAGAAGCUGUUUGAGCGCCUUGAGCAGAAACAGGCAAUUGAAGAUGAGCUUAGAGAGAAAAUUGAGAAGCUUGAAAAACGACAGGCGACUGAUGAUGCGACACUUCUAAUUGUCAACCGUUACUGGACUCAGCUGGAGACACAUGUUCAAGAACUGCUGCAACGGGUAGAACCUGAGGGAGCUCCAGUGCCUGUGCAGGCCCCUAUUAGUCCUCCAACCUCUGCUGCCGAUCCUGGUCCGGAUCCCUCACCUGCCCCUGCUCCUGACAUUUCUGCUUCUUUGAAAACUACAGUGGAAGGAAAGGAUGGCCUUCCUCAGCCUCCACCACCAACAGAGGAGGAGGAGAAGGAAGAAAAGCAGCAACCUGAGCAGGAUGUUCAGGAUCAGGAGCAACACCAGCAGCCUGAUGCAGUGCAGAAGCCUCCUGAGGGACCAAAAGAGGAUGCAGUUCCUGCCCCUCUUCCACUCCCCCCACUGAGUGAAAGUGCAAAGGCCUUCCUCUCUACACUGGAUAACAGCAGUGAGGAAGAGCUCAGCUUGCAGCUCCAGGACAGGAUGCAGUUCAGCAAGGGUGCAGUGGCCAGCAUCGUCUGCAUCUUUGACCGGCUGCACAGCAGCAUUCAAGAUCUGUGUACUCGUGUUCAAGCAGCAGUAUGUGAGGAUGACAUGCAACGAGAGACUAUUGCCACAAAUCGCACCCUGCUAGAGGAGAGCAACAAACUACAAGAUCUUGCUUCCUCGCUACAAGGCAGACACCACAAAAUGUCACUGGAGUAUAAUGAAUUGGUUGACAAAGUGACUAGCUCUGAGACAAAAGUGUCUGAGAUGGAGACUGCUGUGGAGGACCUGCAGUGGGACAUCGAGAAACUUCGGAAGAGAGAGCAAAAGCUCAAUAAGCACCUAGCAGAGGCUCUUGAGCAGCUAAAUUCAGGCUACUACACUUCUGGUAGGUCUGGUGGACUAACUGGUGGUCAGAUUACUCUCAACAUACAGAAGUUUGAGUCGCUGAAUGCAGAGUUGGAGCAGAAUCAGGAGUUAGCUAAUAGUCGCAUGGCAGAACUGGAGAAACUGCAACAGGAGCUUCAGGAGGCUGUGCGGGAAAAUGAGAAACUUAAGAUUGACAUUCGGAAUGUCCCAGAGGAGGUGGUGAAGGAAACGACAGAGUACAAGUGUCUCCAGUCUCAGUUCUCUCUGCUGUACAACGAGUCUCUAGGAGUGAAGACCCAGCUGGACGAAGCCCGGGCUCUGUUACUUACUGCCAAAAAUGCUCACCUGCGUCAGAUAGAACACAUGGAGAGUGACGAGCUGUCUCUGCAGAAGAAGUUGCGGACCGAGGUCAUCCAGUUAGAGGACACGCUAGCCCAGGUGCGCAAGGAAUAUGAGAUGCUUCGGAUAGAGUUUGAACAAAACCUGGCAGCCAAUGAGCAAGCAGGCCCAAUAAACAGAGAAAUGAGGCACCUUAUUAGCAGUCUUCAGAACCAUAACCACCAGCUCAAGGGUGAUGUGCAGAGAUACAAGAGGAAGUUGCGUGAGACCCAAAUGGAAAUUAACAAGCUCAAGUGCCAGAGUGGAGACACCAGCAGUAUGUUAAGUAUGGAAGAGAGUGCAAGUGAUGGAGGACUAGAAGUAAAAAAAGAGGAAGAUGAAGACCAAGACGAGGAGGAGGAGAGAAGGCGUGAGUUGGAGAGGCAACGAGCACGUGAGCGAGAGAGAGAGGCGGAACGAGAGAGGGAGAGGGAGCGAGAGCGGGAAAGGCUGCGCAAUGAGGAGAUGAAAAGGAAAGACUCGGACACCCUAAAGAUGCUCAGGACAGAGCUCAAGAAAGCUCAGGAGUCUCAGAAGGAGAUGAAGCUGCUGCUCGACAUGUACAAGUCUGCACCAAAAGAACAGAGAGACAAAGUGCAGCUCAUGGCAGCUGAAAGGAAGUCUAAAGCAGAGGUGGAUGAGUUGAGACAGCGGGUUCGGGAACUGGAGGAGAGAGAAAGGAAGGAGAGUAAGAAGCUGGCUGAUGAAGAUGCUCUGAGGAAGCUUCGAGUGGCGGAAGAGACCAUUGAGCACCUGCAAAAAAAGCUGACUGCCACCAAGCAGGAGGAGGAAGCCUUGCUAAGUGAGAUGGACGUGACAGGACAGGCGUUCGAGGACAUGCAAGAGCAAAAUAGUCGGCUAAUGCAGCAGCUGCGUGAGAAAGAUGAUGCCAACUUCAAACUGAUGAGUGAGAGGAUCAAAUCUAACCAGAUAUACAAGCUGCUAAGAGAAGAGAAAGAAGAACUGGCUGACCAGGUGCUUACUUUCAAAACCCAGGUUGAUGCUCAGUUGCUGGUAGUGCAGAAACUGGAGGAAAAAGAGGGCAUCCUUCAAAGCUCCCUUUCAUCUUUGGAAAAAGAGCUAGCAGUACGCACACAAGGUCUAGAACUCAAUAAGCGCAAAGCAGUGGAAGCAGCUCAGCUAGCUGAAGACCAGAAGGUGCAGUUAGAACACACUCAGGCCAAACUGAGGGAGAUCCAAGCCUCAGUGCUGGAAAACCGAAGUGCACGCGAGAGAGAGAGUGGCAAUCUCAAACGCGCACAGGAAGACCUGUCAAGACUUCGCAGAAAGCUGGAGAAGCAGAAGAAGGUGGAGAUGUACACUGAUGCUGAUGAGAUCCUACAGGAGGAAAUUAAUCAGUAUAAGGCUAAGCUGCGCUGUCCGUGUUGUAAUACCCGAGACAAGGAGACCGUACUUACCAAGUGCUUCCAUGUCUUCUGCUACGAGUGCUUAAAAACCCGCUAUGACACACGUCAGAGGAAGUGUCCAAAGUGCAAUGCUGCUUUCGGGGCCAAUGACUUCCAUCGCAUUUACAUCACCUAGGUCCAGAAUGAAAUUGACACCUAUAUGAACAGUAAAACAAUGGGAAGUGAUUGUCAGAGCAACGAGUAUGUGUUUUGUGCAGUGAUAUUCUGCUCAGAGGGCCACUUCCAGAAGAUAUGUUGGUGCUAGUGACCAAAUGGACAAGUAUGCAGACUGAAGUGGUGAUGAAGUGGGUGAAGAUCGUAGCUAACAGCACACAACCAGUGCUUGUUAACGGCUGAUUUAUCUAAACUUCUAGGUUGUUGCACUUGUUUUCUAAUCCUGUAAGUUGUUCUGUAACUUAGUGUUUUUACUUGCAUUCGCUUUAUGAAUAUGUAGUGAAUUUCACAGUCCCUGCACACCACUUUGUUUCUUAAACUUAACUGUCGCUUGUGUAAUUUGGUGCAGAUAUUUUGACAAAAAAGAAAAGUGUGAAUUUUUGUUGGUUUUUUUUUAUUGUGGAACUUGUGCAUCCAAACCAGAACAGUGCAGUAACUGCAUUUAUACUAUAAUGUUUAAUGGAAACUAUUUAAAGAACAACCAUCAUGAACAGACUGGACCAACUGAACAGUUUUACUCUGGUGUAAGUUCUUGCCCAGAGAAAUAAUAUUACAUUCUUUCUGUGACUGUCGUUGCUGUGUGUUAAUACUAAAACCUUACAUCUUAUUCUGGAACGCAUAGCAUUGAACAUGUGUGACUACAUCUGUGUUGGAAAGGAAUCCUAUCGACAAAUAAUUUAAGGAAUAAACACCAUAAAUCUGUAUACUUUAGUUUCACAA